CCGAGAGUAUCCCCAGUUCCCUACCGUACCUUACGUACGUAUGCAGUACAGCCUGGAACUCUUCAGCUUCGGUACCAGUACAUUCCUCUAGACUUUCACUUCGUUAGUAAUUGGCAAGAGGAGCCCCCGUCGUCAGGCAGGGGAUCUCAUCUUCCUCCUCGACAACCUUGCUUUUCCUGGUGGUGAUGCGGCGAUGCUGCCUGAUUGACGCCCAGGCAAAGGGAACAAUCCAAAUCACACAGUGAGUCAUCUAAUCAGAUGAUCCCAACACAAAGAUAGCCAGAUCCCAAGAAUCCCUUUCUGUUCAAUAUGGCGACGCCUGAACAGCCCGUGGUCCCGUCCGUGGUCCUGCCACCUGCACAGCGGCGACAGGUGAAUAUGCCAGGCUUCAACAGCCCCUUCAUCCAGCAAAGGAAGAGAUUGAGAGAUGUCUCGAAGCAUCCAGCAGCAGCGGAUGGAUUCCUUGUUGAAGUGUUCAUCGUCCACGAUCUCCGCAGGAGGGACGAUCUGCAAGAGAAAUUGGAGCGUGCUGUGGCCGACAUCUGCGCAGUCGCUAGCAGAGAAACUGGGCUGGAAUCCCAUCGCAUCCAUUCCUAUAAGAUUGACACCAACCGCUUGAGGGUAAGCGGCGGCUUUGAUUAUGAGUAUGGAGACUUCGCCGCGCGCCUUCACUCGACAUUGGCUAAGGCAACUCUGCGCGGGACUGGCGGAAUAGGAGCGCCUCACAUCGUCUUCAUAACUUAUGAGCUGGGUGCAUGGGUGGUUAGGAACCUCUUAUACGAGACCUAUGGUUCGGACGAGGACUUGGACAACCCGGCGAGUCUCCCUCUAAGUUUACGGCCGGCGAAAACCAUCUUCUUAGGUGCCGAGGAGCGCGAGCAAUUCCAGCAUCAGACGUAUGUGACGGAUCGACUCAGACGCAUGAGCGAAGUGGAAGGUGCGGUCGAAGAUCAGUUGUUGAGACGCCUCAGUAGAAAGCUGCGCUCUGUCGACUCCCAGUUCGAAAAGACCCUGCACAACAGGAGAACUGCUUUAGCCGAUAACACCUGGAUCUUGCCAGCCCCGGACCUGGUAACAUUGGCCACUACCAUCGCUAAGACGGCAAACAUCAGGGAAGAUGGGCUGGGCCGUGUUAACAGCCGUGCUAGAGGCCUGCUCGAUCGGCUAGCAUUCAGAAACCGACACAACGUCAUGCCUCGCAUCGCUGACACCCAGGCCCAUGACCCCCCGGCUGACGCGGAAGAGAAAGCCCAUGACUUCAGCCAAAAGGUCCUACAAUACUUGUCGUCUACUAAGAAUCCAGAGCAAGGCCCUUCCAGUCUCGACAAUCAGUUGUACAUCCACAGACUGAGAACGCUCAUCAGGCGGACCAAUGACAGCAUUCCGAGUUCUAUCGAAGAUUCCGGGAGCGGCUCAACACCCGCCGCAGUCCUGCACGCAGUUCACAACUUACGCUCCACUAUUUCUAACAAAAACAUAGAAGUGGAGUUUGGCCCUGUCUCUGCCGGUGCCGAACCCGCCGGUCAGUUGAGUACGGCGUCAGGGGCAGCAACAUCUCCGCCGGUUCAGCGAACGGAGAGCCCUCAACCUAAAGGGGACCCCGCGUCCCAUGGCAGAAGGAGUUCCCAUGUCAAUAUGCCACAGGUGCAGACAGACCCCGCUGCGUUGACCGUCAUGAUCAACGAUCAAAUGGCCCCGCGAAAUGGAUACGUUCCAUCCCUCCUCCGGUCGGAUAGCUGGAAUCCACCGGAAUCCUCGUUCCAGAAUAAACACAGACACCAAAGGACGAAAGGCUCCAAGGCACGAGAGGAUGGGUUGGGCCCAGUAGAUCGCAUCAUUCUGAAACUGAACAACACAAUGGCGGACUUUUAUAAACCGGACUCUCCCGGUUCCGAUACGGCGGCCUUCUACAGAUACUGUCUUGCGCUAUUGAAGGGGCUCCCGGCGAAUGACAACGCAGUCAAGGCUCUCAACUACAGAUUCGAGACACGAAGGGCGCUUCUGGACUCGAGGGACGGAACUUAUCGCGAUAGGAUGGCAAAGGACCACCUUACCAGGCUUCUCAAAGAAAUUGGGAACCAGCCAGAGCUCGUUAGCGUUCAACGGGAGGUCAAGUACCAUUUGGCCGUCGUGUUGACGCGCCUCGGUGAAUACAAGGAAGCACUUCACAGCCUGACGACUAUGCAGCAGGAAUCCUGGUUCCAGAGCACAGAGCAGCUGCUUUCAUCCACAGAGGCCAUCGAACCAACAAGAUUCGAUGAUCCGAUGAUUGACGUGGUCAUCAAUACCAACCGGGUCCUGGCGCUCAUCAGCGGGCACCACGCCCAGUUCAAAGUUGCUUCCGAGUGCAUUGAAAGGGCCGCCAAUCAGUGUUCAAACUUUCUGCUCGCCCGCCAUCGAGGCUGGGGGGAAAGCCAGUGGCUAGGAUUAGAUUCGCCUCCAGGAACGCCAGCACAUAUACCGCCCGGACCAGUGCUCGCGUCGACGGAUCCAUGGGCCUUACCCUCCGGCACCGACCUCGAAUACAAGAAACCAGCAAACCUUGCGCUGCCCCAGAUUCCCCUCAGUCCUAGCGUUCUCUCCAUCGAGAUAAAGCUCGCACAAUCAACAAUUCUCAUGCUCCAAGGCCUUGAAGCAGCCGCCUUGACCAUCAUUUCGCCAGUUCUUCGUCGUCUUGAGACCAAUGCCCGCUUCGGUCGCCAGCACAUUCUAACUCUCCAAGCAGCCUCCCUGCACUCGUUGAUUCUAUGUCGUAUGGGCGACCCUGAGGCGGAAACGACCUGCAACACGACACUCGAAGCCUCUAUGCACUACCUGGGGGAGGACCACCCAUUGGUGAUGGAGGUCCUGUCUACUCUGGCAGAUGUGUUGCUGGGUCGGUCACGGCUGUUCGAGGCUCUGGAUACCGUAUACUACCUACGGGCGCGGGCGCAGAAAGACCUCGGCAGCCAACAUCCGCAGACAAUGAGAUAUUGGUUCCAGACCGGGGAGGUCAAUUUCUCGGUGGGAAACUACGCGAAAGCUCGGAGCGAGUUUCAGGCGCUUUAUAUGAUUGCCAGCAAGAGGUGGGGCGGGGAGACGAGCCCAGACCCGAAAGAGGGCUGGGGAAGGCACCCGGACCUUGCUCGAUGUUUAGCAAGGCUGGCGAUGGUGAACUGCUGGCUAGAAAAUGUGAAGGAUGCAGAAGAGCAAGCUUACAAGGCUUUACGCUGGCAGCUGGAGAUUUUCCUACCGAGAUUUGAGAUCGGAGAAGAGGGGCUGAAGCCCACACUCGACCGGCUAGUAUCACAGUUGGAGUGCCAGGAAGUAGGCGUGGAGGCAGAUUCGCCACAUCCGCAUCUGCUCGAAUCCCUUGACGUCUGCUCGGUGGUUGUGGAACGGGGAAAUCCGGCCGACGGAGGCAAGCUCAGGGAUAGGGCCCUAACGGUGGUAUGGAAGGGGUGGGCAUCUCGCUAUACCGACACACACUUCGAAACUCUGUGGGCCAAGUUGCAACUGGCGUUCAGCCGCUUGGAAAGAUACGGACCCGAACACGACGAGGUUGCCGAACUCUUCGAACGCAUAUGCAUCGACUGUGAAGACUCCCUCGGAACUAAUCACGGUUACACCUGGUGGGCGCGACUCGGCCGCUUGUUCACAUCCACUAUAGGCGACGUGGAACAAGAACGGGCCAAAUUCAGGCGAGAGGCCUCCGUCAUAAUGAACAAGCAGGCCGAGUUACUGGGCGAGUGUCAUCCUAUCGUGGUGGACUCGCGGUGGCGGUUGUUUGUGUUCAAGUUGUUCGUCUAUCACGAUGAGGACGCGCACGAAACAGGCGCCCGGUUACUUGAGCUGCUCAGACUGAGAGAGAUCCGUAGGGAGAGACUGAUGGAAAGCCUGCUAUUCGAGGAGAGAAUCGCGACAAUCUACGCCGUGGAGCUAGCCGAUUGCGAACGCGGGUUGCCAAUCAUCAACGACAUACUCGAGUAUUGUUACGAAGAGCCAUGGGAAGAGGAGUCAUGGGGACCGUUCUCGCUGAAGAUUUGCGGCCUCCUCGCGCGGGCUGCUUCAACGGCAUACGAGGAGUUUGAAAAGAGCUCGACGGACCAGAACAAUGACGCAGCACUCUUAGCAAUUCACACAUUUCGCAAGCUUGCCGAGGAACUGGGAAAAACGUAUGGGGGGAACGUACGAAUUCGGAUCGCGGGACUGAUCGUGCUCGGCCGGCUUCUCCAGCAAGUGGUCCAUGCCAGGACGGAAUACGACUCGUCUAACUGGCUCAGCUCCAAGAUGGAUUCCGCAUUUGAGAAGUGGAAACACUCAUUGGCCAUGUCAGAAAUCGAUCCGGAGGGGCUGGCUGGUCAAGAGCAAGUGAGUCCAUCGUCAAAAGCAAAAGGGAAGGGCAAAUCCAGAGGUAAAAGAAAGGGAGAGAGAAAGGAGAGGAACCGAACGGAACGUGAAGAUUCUGAGCUCGCCUUGGAAAGUAUAGAUUCAAGAGACGAUAGUGUUGGUCCUUGGUGAGUACAGGGCGAGGGGGAGGCGUUGCUAUUGGCGUUGUUAGUUCUUGGACAGCUACAGGUAACAGUACAUUUGGAGGGUUGCACAUCACAAAUUGACCAUGGCCAAUCUUGAUUCCACAUACAUGUUUGGGAUCUAACCAUAUGCCCCCGUAUCAACGUGGAAAGUAUCAACAUCAGAGAUAUAUAGCAACUUUGAGUGGCCUUCAACUGGCGAUAGGUGGAACCUACCUUUGGU